UCAAUGGAUAAUGCAGAUUCAGAUGGAUUCAGUGCGCGAUUUGACAUACCAAUGCUUGGAACGAUGGACAGAAAGACUGGAUAAGGAUGAGUAUCGCCUGUUUUGGGAAGGUAAUUAUUACGACAGUGAUGUUCAUGAUUAUGCCGAACUGACCAAUGAAACAUUGAAAGUACUCGUGAGCAAAUGCAUCAACGUACUGAUUAAACUCGAUGUUAAAAAGCACACGAAAGUCGCCGUAUACCUGCCGGCUUUGAUUCAGUUACCUGUCAUCACAUUGGCUGCGCAUCGAAUUGGGGCUAAAUUACUUAUAACUAGUGCAAUCGAUGAAGAUGCUGAACAACUCGGCGCUGUACUCAAGGAGUUUGAUCCGGAGAUAAUCAUCACUGUCGAUGGAUUUUGGUGUGGCAGUAAACUGAAGCAGUCGAAAUGCAUUAUCGACAAAGCACUCUCAUUUUAUCAAAGUCGCUGCCGGCAUGUAAUUGUCAUAAGACAUGUAACACCAAAUGAAGGUGUUCCACCUCCUCAGAAACACCUCACCGCAAAACGGCCGUAUUAUCUGUAUAAAAUAAGUAUGGAGGAAGGCAGAGAUUUGUGGUGGAGUGAUCUCUUUGUGAAUGUACAAUCGUCAUCAUCAUCAUUAUCGUUGAAUGAUCGUGAAUUAAUUGAGGAGAUAAGUGCAAAAACUGAUAUUAUGUAUCAAGCCAAAUGGUUCGUUUCGAAAAUGUUACUCGUUCGAAUUCAGGACAUUUCAGCAGUCAGACUGACUCGGAACGGAGCUGAUGUCUCGCUCGAGCUGAUGACUCUGUUUUCAGCUCUUUACUCAUCUCACAGUUACUAA